AUGAGUCAAUCUAGGCUGACCAGCCCAGACCGACUGCGUAAGAUCGACCAGCUCCGCGAGAAAAAUAUUGCUACUUACCUUGCCCUACCCCAAUUGGUCGCUGUCGGGGACCAAAGCUCUGGGAAGUCAUCUCUUUUAGAAAAUCUAAUUGGAAUCCCAUUUCCGCGUGGCCAAGAGCUUCGCACUCGUUAUGCAACUCAGAUCACUCACCGUCGCGAUGUUGUAUCUCGUAUUACUAUCAGUAUUAUUCCAGGACCAACUGCUCCAGUCCAGCAAAGAGAGAAACUCGAGAGUUUUACUAAGGAAGUGCACUCGACUGAACAGCUCAACGCUGAGUUUCCAGACAUUUUAAAUGAGGUGAAUACACUUAUGGAGAUCAAAACGCCCAGAAACCCAGGUGGUGUCAAGACGUUUACUGAAGACGUGUUGAAAAUUGAGAGAUGUGGACCAGAUGAGGAUUAG